CACAAAACAAUCAAACAUAUAUCAAGAGCUUCCGAAUCCAUCGCCGGCCUAAAUCAGCGUGCAAAGCUGUCUGUGGUUGACUGCGACCAUCCCAACAGCGAAGAAAUCACUUGCUUCAGCAUACAUCAUUGUUCAGUAUCACAACCGAGUCCAAUGACUUCAACCAAAAUGGCUACAACCUCACCCUUCUUCCGCCUACCGAUUGAACUCCGUUACGCAAUAUACGACCACCUCUGCCUUCCUGAACCGCGUAGCUACCCUUACAAAAGUCUAUCACCCAUCGCAGCAAUAGACCUAACCGGACCACCGUUAAGCCUCAUCCUGGCGAACCGCAAAAUUCUCCAAGAACUAUCAACAUACUACUUCAGUCGUUGCACAUUCCGCUUCGUAGCGCAAAGCUUCAACAACCGGAGCAACAAAAUCUCCGAAAGCUCCCUACAUAUAGUCCGAAAGAUAAAGAAAGUUGAGCUCUUGCUCCUGCCGGGGACGAUGAGAGCUAGCGGCACCUCCCCGGCUGUGGGUUCGAUUACGAUCAAGCAAAUGUCUGCGCACUGGUUGGACGACCAGAUUAAGCUGCUGAGAGAUGAGGCGAAAGAGCUAAAGACGGUGAUCGUAUCGAUACGGAGAGUCAGCUGGAACCAUGAAUGGAGUGUGAGGGAGGAGAUGGAGGCGUUGUUGAGUCCGUUGGAAGAGUUGAGGGGGAGGGUGGAGUUCAGGGUUGGAGAGGUUAUGGGACCGGGGAAGGUGGAGGAGAGUAUGAAGGAGGAGUUGGGCUUGGUUCUGAAGUGGCUGAACAGUUGAUUGGUGUUCACUUUUGUGAUAAGAACAGACAUGUGUGGGGCAUUUGAAUCAUUUCUCAGGGUAUGGUUACUAUCUACAUC